CAGGCACGCGGCGUGGCGGCAGCUGGCUAUAUUACACCAAACUUGCAGGAUAGCCGACAGCACCAGUCAACAUGGUUCGCGUUAGGUUGAAGCUUAUGGUGAAGACUAUUUUCACCUUGUGCCUCGUAGGAGGAUGUCUCAAAAUCCUCACUCUAGAUCUGAAGAGAAAGAUUAAGAAAGCCUUUCCCAAGGUGUGCAAAAAGGACAACAGUACAGCGUCCAACUAUACCGUUGACGGUAGCAAUCCACAUGACUACAAGUUUCUACUCAACAACCCGGAGAAAUGUGCUGGGAGCGACGUGUUUCUUCUGAUAAUGGUGACGUCGGCGCCGAAGAACCAUGCUCAAAGGUUCGCCAUCAGGAGAACAUGGGGGAACGAGAACAACAUCGAAGGUGUCGUCAUCAAAACGGUCUUUGCCGUCGGUAUGGCGUCAAACGCUUCGAAUCCCAUCCAGGCCGACCUGGAGCAAGAAAACAGAGUCCACAAGGACCUCAUCCAGGAAGACUUCGUGGACUCUUACCGAAACUUGACCCUCAAAACCGUCAUGUGUCUUAAGUGGGCUUCAGAGUUCUGCCCCGGCGCCAAAUUCGUCUUAAAGGCCGACGACGACACCUUUGUCAACAUCUUCAACUUAGUAAGACAUCUUGGACGUCUGAAUGCCACGCAGGCAAAGAGAUUCGUGACAGGGAGAGUGUAUACAGGCGGGAAGCCUGUGAGGAUAGCGCGCGACCCGACUGAGGAGCGGUGGUGCCUGGCACGGGAGGACUUCCCUAGAGAGACGUUCCCGCGCUACCCUGGCGGAUACGCCUACGUCAUUUCCGGCGACAUCACUCGAAUGGUAUACGAAGUAUCCCUAACCGUACAGUACUUGUUUAUAGAAGACGUGUACUUGGGGCUAUGCCUGGAGAAACUAGGGAUUGAACCGGUGUACGAGGAUGGGUUCGUGUUUUGGAGAGAAGCACACUCCUGUGAUUUUGAUAAAAACUUCAACAUGGCGUCUCACAGGUUCAAAACUCCUGACGCCAUGCUUGGGGCGUGGGAAGGUUUGCUCAGCAAGUGUAGAACGGUUAAACCCUUACUGGCGACCACCCCUACAUUACGACCACCUGGCCAUUGAUAUACAUGUAGUUAAAUCUGUAGUGACCGCGUCUACAUAAGGACCACAUGGUCAUCGAUAUACAGU